AUGUCGAUGUUCUUUUUGCUGAUUACAAAAAGUAGCGAUGAUCUGCUGGCAGGGAUGGCUGGUGGCCUGCAUGCCAAGAACAGCACAGGUUCAUAUGCUAAACGAAGUUCUUCUCUCAGUGCGAAAGAGGUGAAUUCCUCCAGAGACAGACAAAGGGAUCGAUCUCGAACUAGCACAAGCAAAAAGCUAUCAUCCACAACAACAGGAACAAAUGAUGUGACUCUUGCCAAACGCUCCCGCAGCCGUGUACUGGCAGAAUCUGAGGCUCGAAUGAGCAAGUCAAAAUCGGAUAGUCAGAUUAAUGACAAGGCAGCGCUAGAAGCCAAAGUUAAGGAUCUUUUAGGUUUAGCAAAGAGUAAAGAUGUUGAAAUUUUGCAUCUACGAAAUGAACUUCGAGAUAUGCGGGCACAGUUAGGCUUGGCAGAGGAAGCCUCAGAAGAAGAGAAGGUUGAUGAAAAGGAGGUUGUUCCCAUCAUUACUCAGGCAACAGAUGUAGAAUCCACUCUCUUACAGCUCCAGGACCAAAAUAAUGCCAUCAGAGAAGAGCUCAACCAAUUGAAAAAUGAGAACCGCAUGCUCAAGGACAGACUGAAUGCUUUGGGGUUCUCUUUAGAGCAAAGACUUGACAACUCUGAGAAGAUUUUUAGUUUCCAAUCUCUUAGUCCAGACUUAACAACAGUUAAUAGUCAUAGUGAUGGAGGUUGCCCCUUGACCUCCUCAGUUGAAGGUUCUACUCCUGGAUCUAUGGAGGACCUUUUGAGCCAAGAUGAGAACACUUUAACAGAGAAUCAACGUAGCAGUUCAGUGGAUAAUCUAGACAGUGAAUCCAGUGAAGUUUAUCAGCCAAUCACUUCCAGUGAUGAUGCUCUAGAUGCACCUUCUUGCUCCUCUUCCUCUGAGUCGGAAGGUAUCCCAAGUCGGGACCGAUCUCGCAAAGGCAGUAGUGGGAAUGCAAGUGAGGUGUCUGUUGCCUGCUUGACAGAAAGAAUUCACCAAAUGGAGGAAAAUCAGCAUAGCACAGCCGAAGAGCUUCAGGCCACCUUACAGGAACUUGCAGACCUCCAGCAAAUUACCCAGGAGCUGAAUGCUGAGAAUGAAAGACUUGGGGAAGAGAAAGUCAUCCUGAUGGAUUCCCUUUGCCAGCAAAGCGACAAGUUGGAACACUAUGGCCGGCAAAUUGAAUACUUUCGUAGCUUGUUAGAUGAGCAUCAUAUUUCCUAUGUUAUAGAUGAAGACAUAAAAAGUGGUCGUUAUCUAGAGCUGGAGCAGCGCUACAUGGAGCUUGCAGAAAAUGCUCGUUUUGAAAGAGAACAACUUCUUGGAGUCCAGCAGCAUCUGAGCAACACUUUAAAAAUGGCAGAGCAGGACAAUAAAGAGGCUCAAGAGAUAAUUGGGGCCUUGAAGGAAAGAAAUCACCACAUGGACCGCAUCAUAGAG